AUGCUAAGCAAUCCCACUUCCCCUUUAAAUUUGAACAAAAUAUUCAUUGAAGGGUUUUUAUUUUUUUAUAAGAUUUUAUAUUAAAUUCUUUUUAUAAAAAAAUAUAAUUGAACGCAAUAUUUUUGAAUUUAAAUUUAUUUUUAUAAAGGAUUAACUAGAAAAAAUUAAUCAAUUAGUGCGUAAAGUGUGUUAAAUCAUGAUCUACUUGCACUUCUUCCAUUAAAUUAGGCCAAAAUCUCUAUAUAAAAUUAAUAUUUUAGCAUAAAUUUACACUUUAAAACAGAGAAGUGAAAAUAAUUUAAAGAUGGAAAGUCAGCAAUUCCAACGGGAGAAGAAAUGAAAAAGCUGAAAAGUAUGUUUUUUGAAAAGAAUUCGUUGUUCCAAGAUCAAUUUUACCUCUAAAAAACUCGAAAUUUCACGAAUUGUGCGGAUGUCGCAUGAUUGUAAAACUUAGCCCAAAAGAUGAGAAUACCAAAAUAUCAUUUUAUAAGCGGUCAGCUGAACCAAUCAAUGCUAAUGAGUUUAAUUAUGAGGAAAGCACAUCUAAAAUGCUUAAAAUUGAUGAAAUCGCUCAUCUCUCACCUCCAGAGAGCCCAGAAGGCUACAUAUUCGAAUCCUAA